GGUGUCCGCACCACCCUCUGCUGAUGCCGUUUUUGAUAGACGUGCUUGCAUUUUUCGUCUCUACCCCAGGGAGGACGACUCAGACGAGGACCCGGUACCCGAGGCGGCCCUGCGAGAUCGACGAGAUGCACGAGGAUCCCGACUCCGUGGAGACGAGGGCAAACACUGCACGACGGGCGGCGGACCAGGCACAGAGGGAGAUGCUGGGGGGAGAGGAGUUUUGGGGCCCAUUCGGUGAGGUCGCUUCCACGGGCGGCCCUGAGGCGCAGGAGACGACCCCCACUCUGACGAGGCGGGAGUCGUCCAUGCCGCCACCUCCUGCUCCGAGUCCUGCACCACCAUCGCCCGUCUCGCCACUUCAGCCGGCCACGACAAUGAUAGACAGGGAGGAGUUGGGGUCCUCUUUGCCUCAGCGCAGACUUCUCCACAGAGGCAGGGCAGUCCGCCAGCUGAGGUUACGAUCACCUUCCCCGGGGAUAUUGCAGGAGGAGGGGGCACCGUCGGCAGCAGCAGUGGAGAGUUCGGUGGCACCAGCGGUGGUGCCGGACGCAACGAUCUUAGCCGCGGUGGAGGAGAUAGCAGCAGCAUCAGUGCUGGAGGAGAUGGCAGCAUCAGUGCUGGAGGAGGAUCCACUACCAGCAGGAGGAGGUGCAACAGUGGAGGGGCAGGUGGCAGCAGCUGGAGGAGCAGGUGGAGGAGCAGCAGCACUGGAGGAGGAGGAGGCACCGUCGGCAGCUGCAGUGGAGGGGGAGGUGCCAGGACCAGUGGAGGAGGAGAUAGCCGCACAGGCCGAGGUGCAGCGUGGGGGCAUGACGAGCGCCUCAUGCAGCAGUUCCUCACGGAGGAGCUUGAUCCGUUGCGGCGGGGCGACAUCGAUGGACCGGGCUCCAUCGAGGGACGACGCGCCAGGACAAACUUCGACGCAGACCGCGAGAAAGAGGACGACGACUGAGUCUCCAGAUGCAGCACGCGACAUCAUGGAGCGAGAGAGGGCUCGACUUUUGGCAUGGAGUGACCCGCGUGCUCAGUCGUUUGCACGGGCCGUAGAGGAGGCCAGGCGUCGAGAGAUAGGGGGGGGUUGUGUGCAGGCUGGGGUGGUGGCGGGGGAUGACGUUGCGGAGGGAGUGGCAGCAGAGCCCAUACCCGAGGCUAUGCCGGGUGUAGCAGAGGCAUCGGACGUUGCUGUAGAGGGACGGCCUCAGGCGGUGGAUGAGGCUGUGCGGGCAGGACAUCGGCGAGUCGAGGGGGGUAUAGACGCACGGCGCGAGGUCCAGGAGACAGCGACGGGUCCAGUCGUUCCGUUCUCGGGCCUGCACUUGGCUCAGGGCCGACAGUCGCAGGCAGUUCAGAUGGCAGUGCAUGGUGUGCCACCUCCCGUUAUCACGGAUUUGGGGUCCGAGCCGGUGGUUGUGCCCCCACGUCUUCCUAGCCACUUUGCUCCGCAGGAGGUCCGUCGUCCUUUAGAUGCAGAGGAGUUGGCGAGAGAGGCUGUGCGCGAUGUUACUCGAUUGGACCGGCGGAUCUUCGACCGGAGGCUCGAGCAUCCAACAUGGCAGGCGAUCCCUUCGGUUCCAUGGGGUCCUGCGUCGCCCGUGUGGUCUGGGUCUACCUCCACCGGAGGACAUACCGUGGGACAUGUUCCAGGGGUUUCGGGUGGCGUGACGGAGACAGCGCCACGCACAGAAGACAUGCCACCCCCUCCUCCCAGAGCACCUGCAGGUGAUCCAUCAUCAUGUAGGAUUCGUGACACGACAACAGUUCAGCAGGACGUGUGUGACACGACGAUAUUCGAGAGGACGGACAUAAAUUUGGAUUCCACCCGCUGUGUCACGGAGCACACUGCACGCCUUCACCCGGGCCUGGGAGGAGGAGGCGCCAGGACGACCGCGGCGAGGGAGGUAUCGGCAUUAGGUUGUGAGCCUCAGCGAGGUCGCGGCAAAGGAGUGUCCACCGAGACCUUGGAGUACGCUCUGAGAGCAGCGACGCAUGCCGUGCAGGAGCAGACUCCACGCAAGCGUGGAGUGUCUCCUCGUCCACGCCCCGUGCCUGCAGAGGGAGGCGCUACACUUGGAGAGAGUUCGGGGGCGGAGGGGUUGGGGAUGCCUCGUGGAUACCGCCGUGAGCAGACCAUUGCAGAGGGUAGUGCGAGGGUUGUUGUGUUGAGGAAGGGAGGAGGCCCAGUCACCAUCGAGGAGGAGGAUCCUGAUACGGAUGCGGGCCAUGCGGCUGUGCGGGAGGCGGACGAGGACUAUGAGGGCGAGGAGGGGGGAGAGGAGGAGAGGAGGAGAGCAGGAGCGGUUUCGAUGGUGACGACGACUACGACUAUGAUGAGCCCCCACCUCCCCAGGACCCCCACGGACACGUGCAUCUAGACGCUCCGCUGCGCGGACUUCUUCAUCCUCACGAGGGAGGAAGACAUCGACAUCUGGCACUCGAGGGGGUACGAGGAGAUGGAGCGGGAAGGGGAAGAAGGGUCGUUGACCGAUGAGGCCAAGACUCC